AUGGCUCCUACCAAUACUAGCACUAAGUGGUCGGUGCACUAUGACACCCUCCGCCGGGAGAACCUCUUUAGGAAUCCUCCUCAGGACCACACGGCCUACCCGUCCCUGGCGGAGUCAAUUCGACCACACAUCGAUUCCUUCAAUGCUCUGUUCGAGGACAGCAAGAUCUUGGACGCAGGAUUGAAAGAUAUUGGCAUCAAGACAUUCCUUGAUGGAGAACUCGAAACUCCCGAGCAAAAGAAGGUCCGCAUGGCCGAAGGCCUUCGCGCACCGAAGCGCAACCGUUUGAAUGUCCGCGUGAAGGAGGUUUUCCUCGACAAACCCGUCCUCCCGCCCACCAACAAGUACAGCACCAAGAACCGCGAAAUCUACCCUUCCGAGUGCCGUGAGCGCCAUGCGACAUAUCGUGCCAAGCUCCGUGCCCGUCUGGAGUUCCAGGUGAACAAUGGCGACUGGAUGGAGUCCGUGCGUGAGUUGGGUCAGGUUCCAAUCAUGGUGCGCACCAACCGCUGCCACCUUGAAAACGCUACCCCCGAAGAAUUGGUCCGACACAAGGAAGAGUCGGAAGAGCUGGGUGGUUAUUAUAUUGUGAACGGUAAUGAGAAGCUCAUCCGUAUGUUGAUCGUUGGCAAGCGGAAUUUCCCCAUGUCUAUCAUCCGUGGUUCGUUCGUCAAGCGUGGUCACACCUACACCAAGUUUGGUGUGCAGAUCCGAUCCGUUCGCCCCGAUCAGACAUCCCAGACCAACGUUCUGCACUACCUCUCCGACGGUAAUGUCACCUUCCGUUUCUCAUGGCGCAAGAACGAGUUCCUUGUUCCCGUUAUGAUGAUUCUCAAGGCCCUGGUUGAGACCAAUGACCGUGAGAUUUUCGAGGGCAUUGUUGGUUCUGUCAACUCCAAGGGAAUGAAAAACACCUUCGUCACAGAUCGUGUUGAGCUCUUGUUGCGAACCUACCAGGCCUACGGCAAGCACAGCAAAUCCGACUGCCGUGCACACCUGGGCAAGUGUUUCCGUCCUGUGAUGGGUGUUUCUCAGGAUGUGUCUGACGAGGAGGUUGGUACUGAGUUCUUGCGCCGCGUUGUCCUGCCUCAUCUGGGUAACGUCAACGUUACUGAGACCCAAGAUUAUGACAAGUUCAAGAUGGUAAUUUUCAUGAUCCGCAAAUUGUACGCCCUUGUCGCCGGUGACUGUGCUCCCGAUAACCCUGAUGCGGUCUCCAACCAGGAGGUCCUGCUCGGUGGUUUCUUGUACGGCAUGAUCCUCAAGGAGCGUAUUGAGGAGUGGCUUCGAUCAUUUGGACCGAUCACACGAGACUGGUCCAUCCGCAACGGCAAUGCCAAGUUCACUGAUCCUUCAUUCGAGCGUGAUUUCUUGUCCAAGAUCGUGAAGCGUUCCAACGAGAAUAUCGGUCAGGCUCUCGAGUACUUCCUGUCGACUGGUAACCUCGUCAGUCCUACUGGUCUUGAUUUGCAACAGACAUCUGGUUACACUGUCAUGGCUGAGAAGAUUAACUUCUACCGAUUCAUCAGUCACUUCCGAAUGAUUCACCGUGGUAGUUUCUUCGCGCAACUGAAGACCACUACCGUGCGUAAGCUGCUGCCAGAGAGUUGGGGUUUCUUAUGUCCUGUUCACACUCCUGAUGGUUCUCCUUGUGGUCUAUUGAAUCACUUGGCGCACAAGUGUCUGAUUGCCACGGAUAACCUCGAUGUUUCCAGCUUGCCCCGCACUCUGGUCCAGCUUGGUGUCAAGGCUGAAUCUUCCGUUGCGACUGAAGAGAGCGUGGUCGUUCAGCUGGACGGCCGAAUCAUCGGUUCCUGCUCGCCCGAGCAGGCUCGCAAGAUCCACGACACUCUCCGCUACUGGAAGGUGGCUGGCUUGAACAAUAUUCCACUCGGCCUGGAGAUUGGUUAUAUCCCCAACUCGAACGGUGGACAGUACCCCGGUAUCUACAUGUUCUCCCAGUCCGCAAGAUUCUACCGACCGGUCAAAUACCUUGCUCUGGACAAGAUGGAUUAUGUCGGACCAUUCGAGCAGCCAUACAUGGAGAUUGCCUGCCUGGAAUCUGACCUGAUUGCUGGUCUCUCUACUCACAUCGAGUUCACCCCGACCAACAUCCUCUCGAUUGUGGCCAACAUGACACCCUUCUCCGACUACAACCAGUCUCCUCGUAACAUGUACCAGUGCCAGAUGAGCAAGCAAACCAUGGGUACUCCUGGUACCUCUAUCGCCUACCGUACCGACAACAAGCUGUACCGUCUGCAGACUGGUCAGACUCCUGUUGUCCGACCACCCCUGUACAACGCUUACGGUCUGGACAACUUCCCCAACGGAAUGAACGCCAUCGUUGCGAUUAUCUCUUACACCGGUUACGACAUGGACGACGCCAUGAUUAUCAACAAAUCUUCCCACGAGCGCGGCUUCGGUCACGGUACCAUCUACAAGACCAAGGUGCACAGCCUGGCCGACAAGGACCGCCGCAAGUCUCGGCGCGAGGUGAGCAAGCUCUUUGGCUUUGCUCCCGGAGACGAGGUUCGGGCCGAGGUGCGCAACUUCAUCGACGAUGACGGUCUGCCCCAUGUUGGUAUUCGCGUACAGGAGGGAGACAAGAUUGCGGCGUUCCACGACGUGCGCUACGAUGCCGCAACCGACUCCUACGUGAACGUCGACGGUAUCACCCAUUUCCUCAAGUAUAAGGAUGCCGAAGCGGGUUACAUCGAAAGCAUCCGCAUCAUGGGUUCCGAGAACGGCGCCGAGCCCAUGCAGUCCAUCAGUGUCAAGUACCGCAUUCCCCGUAAACCCAUCAUCGGUGACAAGUUCUCCUCCCGUCACGGACAGAAGGGUGUUUGUUCGCAGCUGUGGCCUGCCGGUGACAUGCCAUUCUCCGAAAGUGGCAUGCAGCCCGACCUGAUCAUCAACCCUCACGCUUUCCCAUCUCGUAUGACCAUUGCCCAGAUGAUCGAGUCCAUGGCCGGUAAAGCCGGUGCCCUGCACGGCCACCCGCAAGACUGUACCCCCUUCCAGUUCUCCGAAGAAAACACCGCCACCGACUACUUCGGUCACCAGCUUAAGAAGGCCGGAUACAACUACUACGGCAACGAACCCCUAUACUCGGGUAUCACGGGCCGCGAGUUCGCCGCCGACAUCUACAUGGGAGUCGUCUACUACCAGCGUCUGCGUCACAUGGUGAACGACAAGUUCCAGGUGCGUACCACCGGACCCGUCAAUGCCUUGACCGGCCAGCCCGUGAAGGGUCGUGCCAAGGGAGGUGGUAUCCGUGUCGGAGAGAUGGAGCGUGAUUCCCUGAUUGCGCACGGAGCAGCCUUCCUCCUCCAGGAUCGAUUGAUGAACUGCUCCGAUUCCCAACUUACCUGGAUCUGUCGCUGCUGUGGCUCGUUCCUGUCGACCCAGGUUGCUGUUUCGGGCUCGACCCGCUCUCGCGCGACCAUUAACCCUGGUGCUAUUGCUGCCGCGGCGAAGGCUGCUCCUAACCAGCAGGCUCCCGGUGGUGCGUCCACGGUGGGCGGUGCGUUGGGCGGUGUUAAUGGCAUUGUCCGCUGUCGUCGCUGCGCUCGCCAGGCUACGUUCGAUGAUUCUCGUGCUGAGGCUUGGGAGGACGGUGAUGGUCUGCGUUACGUUGGUGGUGACGAUGUGACUGUUGUCGCAGUUCCCGGUGUGCUCCGCUUCUUGGAUGUCGAGUUAGCGGCCAUGGGUAUCCGGAUGAAGUUCAAGGUGGAUAACUAA